CAGAGCCGCUGCAGGCUUCAGCUUCUUUUUUUUUCUCUCUCCCCUUUAAGAUUAUGACUUUUCCAGCACUCUCGGGCCGAAGACUGUGUUUCUUCCGGAAAUACUAGAGGUACUAGUUGCACGGUGGUGCGUUCCCUGUCGCUCCCGUUGUUAUGAUGAGUCUCUGAUGUGUGCGGAGAGGACAGGAUGCCCGCCAGCGGCGCUGACUCGCUAAAACCCAGCGCCUUCAUCCCGGUGUGCACGGCCGCCUGCCUCCUGGUCGGCUCUACCUCCCUCUUCUUCGUCUUUACAUGCCCGUGGCUGGCUGUGACCAUCUGCCCAGCUGUGCCACCAUGUUGUGCCGUCCUCUUCCUUUUUGUGCUGGCCAACUUCACCAUGGCAACCUUUAUGGAUGCCGGUGUGCUCCCAAUGGCAAACGAGGAUGAGGACAAGGAUGAUGAGUUUCGUGCUCCGCUGUACAAGAACGUGGACGUGAAGGGCGUCCAAGUGCGGAUGAAGUGGUGUGCAUCGUGUCAUUUCUACAGACCCCCGCGCUGCUCUCACUGCAGCGUUUGUGAUCACUGUGUGGAGGAUUUUGACCAUCACUGUCCCUGGGUGAAUAACUGCAUCGGGAGGCGAAACUACCGCUACUUCUUCCUGUUUCUGCUGUCUUUGACCAUCCACAUGAUCUGUGUGUUCAGCUUUGGUCUCAUAUACGUCCUGAACCACAUGGACGACCUGUGGAAGCUGCACUGCACUGUCACUUUGGUUGUGAUCAGUAUAUCAGGCCUUUUUCUUAUCCCAGUCCUGGGUCUGGCUGGUUUUCACCUGUACCUGGUUUCCAGGGGACGCACCACCAAUGAACAGGUAACCGGGAAGUUUCAAGGAGGGGUAAAUCCUUUCACUCGAGGCUGUUGCAACAAUCUGGAGUAUCUGGUCUGCAGCCCCAUCUCUCCAAAGUACACAGCGAGGCCCUGUAAGAAAUCCGUGAUCCAUAUCCAGCCUCCGUUCCUAAGACCAGAGAUCGACAGGCAGAUGUCAGCCAAAGUCCGUGACAACGGCAUACAGAGUCAAACUAAACGAACGUCAGCGGGAGCUGUCGAGCUGUCAGACGUCAAACAGACGAAAACGCCGCCACCGCUGCCGCCAAAACCAGAGCACGGCCUGCUGAAGAGCCACUCAACAGUCACUGAUGAGAUGGGACACACGACCAAAUCCAUCAUUCCUGUGUCCAUCCCCACUGUGCCACAGUUACGGCCCGUUCUGGAGGCAAUAUCCAGAGGAUCAUCUCCUAUUCCCCCAGAGCAGUUGCUGAAGACAUCUGAGCUGCAGGGGAACAACAAGAGUCCUGACCUCCGUUCUGAGUCUAAAGAAAGCCCUCUGAGAGGCAGCCAGCAGGCUGGCCAGCCCAUCCAGACCAACAGCAUCUCUGCCUCUCUGCAGCUCAACUCUCUGACCCUUAACUCUCGCUCACUCACCCUCAAACACAGCAAUCGCCAUGGGAACAAACCCCAGCUUCAUGCCAUGCACAGCGACAGUAUAGGCUCCAAUCCCGUGCCGGGUGUCAUCACUUCUCCUGGCCUGCUGGCCAAUCACAGCAACAGCAGCCUCUCUUACGAUAACCUCAUGAAUCCUGCAGACCCUCAGUUCCUGCCUCAAAGAGGGGCUCCUCCCGUCGGCUACCACCCCCACUUCAUGUCUCUGGGUGCAGAUGGGAGCAUGGUGCAACGCCCCCCUCCUCAUGCCUACAGCCCUGUGUUUAUGGGCGUCACCAGACAGUCUCCCCAGCCUCGAGACACUUCCCCUUCACUGCAGGGCCUCACCUCCAGAGACCCUUCACCGUCCUUCCAAGGUUUCAUUCAAAGAGACCCCUCCCCAUCUUUCCCAGGCCUGAUGCAGAGAGACUUUGCAACUCAGAGUGUGACAUCCCGAGAUGUCCCUCCUCCAAGUUUGGCGCCUCAAAGCCUCCGAGACAGCCUCAGGGAUCUCGGCCCGCAGGGUUUGACGCCUCAGAAGUCUGCCACUGCCCGCUAUGACAACUUCUCCAAGACCUUGAUGGCGUCCAUUCAUGAGAGGCGGGAGAUGGAGGAGAGGGACAGGAUGCUGCGCCUCCAAGCAAGAUCACAAGCCCUGUACGGCCCUGAUUGUGGAAUCUAUGACAUCCCCAGCAGGAGGAGUCUACCUCCAGACAACAUCCACAGACCAACAGGCUCCCGUGGGCCGACUCCUCCAGCGUAUGGCUCCAGAGAGUUCCUCAUGAGCACAGGCAUCCUUGGUUAUGGCAUGAGGACGUCGCCACUCUCCAGCUCCUCCACAUCAUCUCUAACUCGAGGUCCUAAAACGUCAAGUUCACCCCUGCAGAGCAGCAGCAGCAGCAGCCUGCAGACCAAAGGCAGGUCUUCCUCUCCUGCUUACGGCCCUCCUGACAGACAGACUCAACCCCUCCCUUCCUCUACGGCCACUCUGCCCCGUCUGCCCUCCACCUCAACCUCUUCCACCCCCUCGUACACCUCCUAUGCCACUGCGAAGCGCUCCUCGCUCACACACUCCUCUGAAGGGAAGGACUCAGUCACCCUGGGAGCCCAGAAAUAAAAAAAAAAAGAAAACAUACUCCAUGUUUCUGGUGGUGUGAAUGAAUCAUCUAUGCAGUGUUAGUCUCAGUUUUCACAGCUCUGAAAUACUUUGUAAAUAAGAGGCCAUUUGGGACUUUUCCUGUGUGGGAGAGUGUACAAAAAACAAACACAGUGAAGGAUACACUCGGAAAAUAUUCUUCAAAAAGUCUUGUCCAAAUCUUAAAAAAAGGAGAAUCUCAGGAUAGUUGUGCCUCCACUUACAAACAGAGCACUACAGACUCAGUGAGAACAGAAGGGCUAUGUGAGGAAUACAGAUGGACUUUCUACCUGCUUCUUUGUGUUUUGAUAUGGCUUUUGUGAAACAAUGUAAUACCACACCAUCUGAUUUGUCUCCUGCUGCAAAUUACCCAGUUUAAUAAAAUUUUGUAGUUGUUUAUACUAAUAAACUUAUUUUGUAAUUUU